AUGAAAACUAUCUGCCAACGCUGCCGGUCGAGCAUCUUGACCCGACUACCACACCAGACCUUCACAUCCUCGCUGGGUGCGAGUCAACGAAUUCAAUUCCGCAACUACAGCGAUGGAAAGCCUUCGGUAUCCGCUGCACCCCCUCCACCUAAGCCUCGACAACCCAUCGGCGACGACAUCACCAUCCCGUCCGCAAUCUCAUCAGCUACCCCUGGCGUGUCGCAGCCUUUGAGUACCCCGGGAGGUGUCCACGUUGAUGUCGACCCGACCCAGCCUGCGAAAGCUGCAAAACCAGCCGUGGAACGACCCCCGAGUUCCUGCGUUCCUGGAACUCAAAUGCUGGGGCUCAAUUACUUCAGAAACAAGGCGGAUCCCAUUGCCCUGGAGGAUAACGAGUACCCCGAAUGGCUGUGGUCAUUACUGGAUAGUUCGAAGAAGGAGGCUAAGAAGGGUGGUGUUGAUCCAAACACCCUCAACAAGAAGCAACGCAAACGCUACGAGAAAAAGAUGGCCGCCCGUGCCGCAACAUUACCAGUCCAGAUCCCCGUUCACCACCAGGCUACAGAUAUCACGCCCGCCCAAUACAACCGCAAUGGGGAGACACCCGAGGAUAUACUGGGAGAGGCUGCCGAGAGUCUAGGGAAGCGAUCCGAAAUUACCAAGAGUUCGAGAGAGGCACGGAGAAAGGCCAUCAGAGAGGCCAACUUCUUGAGCGGACUUUAA